UCUCUGCACUGGUAUAAAACAGUUGUGAAGAUCAGAUUCAACAUCAGUCAGCAAGCAGUCGUCAAACCACACAGUGUCAACAUGAUCGCUUUCAAGGCAACAACGCUCCUGAUGCUGGCAGCCGUCACAGCCGGGGCGCCCUCCGGCGGCGGAUGGGAGCCCGAGAACCAUUCCCACAGCGAGCACUCCCGCCCGUACCACUACACCGUGGUGAAGCAGAUCGGGGUGCCCAUCCCGCACCCGGUGGCCGUGUCGGUGCCGCAGUACGUGAAGGUGCCCAUCCCGCAGCCGUACCCGGUUCAUGUGACGGUGGAGCAGCCGAUACAUGUGCCCGUUUACAAGGUCGUACCCCAAAUAGUUGAGAAGCCUGUACCGUACACAGUAGAAAAGCCAGUCCCGUAUGAGGUAGAGAAGCCCUACCCAGUGGAAGUGGAAAAGAAGGUUGAGGUCCCCAUCCCCAAGCCCUACCCAGUCCACGUGCCCGUCUACAAACACAUCUACCACCAUAAGGGAAAGUACUAAGUAGGUUAAUAGGCUUCCAAAUUUAAAAUUUUAAAAAGAAAUGGGGCAGUCAGUGAAAAAGAAAUAGCUUAUUCUGUAAGCAGCAUGCUUUUUCUAGCGACCAGUACUUUUGAAUAUCGAAUAGCCUCGAUCGAAUGUAAAUACAAAUUAGGGUUUUAGUAUUUUUUGCACCAGUUCUGUGCCGGAUGUCAAAUAAAUGUGAUAUUUAUUGUGUGUUAUGCAAUAAUGUGAAUGUGUGUGUCGUUGACUGCGACUGUUGUUGACUAUAUUUUGUUAUUAUUGUUGUUGUUGAUUGUUGUUUAGGUUUUUAAUAAAAUAUACAAUUUUAUUGUU